UAUCCCUCUUUUGGUCUUUACAAAUCUUUCCAUCUAUUCUCGUAACGCCCAGAGAACUCAUUCAUUUCGGUUUCCAAAUUCGCAUAGAACGACGAAGCUUACGCACAAUUAUUUAGCCGCAUAGUCGAUCGUCCCUGUCACAGAGCUGUUGCCUUUGGAUCUCAGUUUUUCCGAGUCUUUAAUCUUCUUUUUGUAACAGGAUCUGACAAGUUCCGCCAUGGAAUUAGGUUGUAUGUCUCUGUUAGGCUUGGACUCGGGAAAUCAAAGCAACGGAGCCUUUAUUGAUCCAGAGAGGAAGGUCGAAAAUGUGGAGGAGUCUGCAACGACAACCUCGAAGCUUGGAAAGAGUAGAGUGUCAAAAGAUGUUGGCCAUUCAACUCUAAAUGCUGUCAACAAAUCUACAGCACAAAUUAAGAAGCCUUCACACCGUAAAAAUUCUCCUCUCAACUGGUUCCCUCGGAAAAAGACAGAUUCUUACUUAGAGAGGAAAAUAAAGCUUCUGCAGGAAGUAGAUGGCAUGAAUUCAACUCUUGAUGAAACUCUGGGUGAUUCAAAUCCUCACUAUUCAAGAGUUCUGAGAGAAAAAAUAGCAGCCAGAGAAGCUGCACAGAAGGCUGUGGAGGCUCGUACAGCUGCAUUGGUGGAAGCUUCUUGGUGCAGAAUACUUCGAGCUGCCAGGAUUGAAAGUAAAGAAGCAGAAGUCCUCUUGCUGAAAGCAGAGAAGAAUGUAGCUGAAGCUUUUGAGGUAGCAACAGCAAUGGGAGUGAUCAUGUAUGACAGACAAGAUUGCCCUCGAAAGCAAUGUGAAAUAGAUACAUCUACCCAUACAGUUACAGCAUCUCUUGAAACUGCAUUUGAGGUAGAUAAAGAAGUUGCAGCAGCAGUCAAGACUGCAUUCAUCCGGCUAGCCCAUUGCCGUUCUUCCUUGAAUAAGGAUGAAUUCAAGGAUCUUCUCCGAAAGAUCAGUCAGAAUCCAGAUACAAAUGAAACCAAUCAGGAGUUACCAGACUGUGAAUCGGAUACCGGAUCUGAACCAGAAUCUGAGUCUAAUGAAGAUGCUCUUAGUUCUCAGGGCUUAAAUUGUAAGAUACCAGAUGCUUUGAGAGAUAGAAAGAGCAAGAACCAGCAGCUGCCUCAAAAUAUCAAUAUGGAAAAACUUAUUGAUGUGAUGUUUGAAAGGCUUAAGUGCUUGAAGGAAGAUGAGCUUGCUUCUCUUGCAACUAUAGUUGCGACUUGUGGAUUGAAUGCUGUACUGAUCGAAGUGGAAAAUAGCAAACAGACUAUGGAAUACUUCAUGGAUGGGCAGAUGAGAAGGAAACAACUUGGUUCAGAACUCCCAAGUCUAGACAAGUUUUUGGUGAAGCACAUGUCAAGACUUGAAAGAGAGGUACAAGAAGCAAAGAACACAAAAACAGCUGAGCCCAAGGAAGCAUUAGAAAGCAACCCAGUGGAAUCAGAGGACAGACUGGAUAAUCUGAUCAGUAAUGUAACUUCAUCUGAAGCUGUCCCAGACUUGGGAAGUAUUCUAGUUAGGCAUUCUUCAAAGCUAAAAAAGGAGAUUGAAGAGGCAAAAAAUAAAUCAAGAAAAGCAUCUGAAGAGGAGUACAAGGGACUGAUCCAUCAAAGGAAAAAAGAUGUGCCAGAUGUCCCAAGCUUAGAUAAGUUCCUGGUAAAGCACGUCUCAAAGCUUGAAAGAGAGGUUCAAGAAGCCAGGAAGGCAAGAACUAAUCACCUGAUGGAAGAAAGAAAAUUGGGUAAAGAAAAUAUGGAUACGAACAAUGAAGUUGAUGGGAAGUUGGCCAUAGCCAAUUCCACAGAGUACUCAGAACAGGAAAAAAUGGAAACAGCUGAAUCAUCUUUGCCAGAAUAUAAUGUGUCAAAAGAGACAAAAGGUCUUGACAGCAUUUUGGUGAAGAGAGUCCACAGGUUGGAAAGGGAAAAGAUGCAAGCAUUAACAUCAGGAAUAGAUUACAGGACCCAAAAGAAACAAGGAAGAACCAAUGUUGUAGAUUGUGAAAGCUUGGAUAAGAUCCUUGUAAAGCAUGUCCCUCGACUUGAGAGAGAAAAAAUGGAACUAGGUACAAAGGAAGAAGAUGUGAAAGGAAAGAGGAGAUAUCCAAAUAUUGAGAAAAGUGACGGUGGACUGGAUCAAAUCUUAGUGAAACACCAGUCAAGACUUGAAAAGGAGAAGUUGGCUGCUGCCCAGCAAUCAGGAGGAGAUCAGGGAAGUCAUUUCGAAUCUCUUCGAGAAGCUAGGAAGAGGGAUUUGCAUGAAGCAUGGGGAGGUUUAAGCUUAGGGAAUUCCAUGCGUCCCUACUUAUCGAGACUCGAACGUGACAAGGCUGCUUGGAGAAAAGCUGAAGAGGAGGAGCAGAUACAAGCUAGGGGGGAACAAUGAAAAUGUCUCUAUUUGUUCUGGUUCUGCCAUAACCAAACAUCCAACCUGUAAAGCUCUUUUUUUUUUUUUUUCCUGAAAUCGUUGUUCAAAUACCAUAUGUAGGUUGAAUGCAUAAGCUUGAACAUUAUUGAAUUUCUUAGAGGGACAUGGGAUUGGCUGACUGACCAUCCUUUUGGAUCAGCUAUGCACUUGGAUCUUCAUUCUUAGUUAUUUUCUUUCUUUUAGUCAGUAAACUUAUAGAAAAUCAAUGAAACUUACAUCUUGUAACAAGUUUUUUGAA